CCUCACCGGAGUAGAAUAUGCGAACCCGACCGCAGAGAAUCUAAACUCACUUUUCCUUUCUCUCUUACAAAAGGGUUUCACCUUGGGCACACAAACCCACAUAUACUCUCCUCUCUUCUUCUUCUUCCUCUUUAUUUCUAAUUCCUCCCCAACCCCCCUCCUCCCCUUUUCCUUUCUUAAUUUGUAAAUUACAAUUUUUCUUUUUAUUUUCCCCUAAUUUUAUUUCUCAUCUUAUAUAUAUAUAUAUAUAUAUAUACAUAUUUCACACAUAUUUCUAUUCUUUCUGGGCUCUUUGUUUUUCACUUUCACUCCAGAGGCGUUUCCAAUUGUUUCUCAUAUUUUAGGGUUAGGGUUUUCGGAUCGGUGAUUGGGUUCAAUUAUGGGGGUUGAGGGCGAUUCAAGCGAGCCUAAAGUAGGUGGUGGAGAAGGCGGAGAGCUGAUUAAUAUUCGGUGCUCUAAUGGGUCCAAGUUUUCGGUCAGGGCGGCUUUGGAUAUCGAUGUUGGGGCAUUCAAGGCGAUUUUGGCUCAGAAUUGUAAUAUUCCAGCUGAUCAGCAAAGGUUGAUUUACAAAGGUCGGAUUUUGAAGGACGACCAGACCCUCACAAGUUAUGGUUUGCAGGCAGAUCAUACUGUCCACAUGGUUCGUGCCUUUGCUCCUGGUGCCUCAACAACACCAGCUACUCCCGCCGCUAAGGCUACUUCUGCAAGUCCCAACACUGCAGCUGCAGCUGGUGUUACUCGUGGUGUUGGUUCCGAGGGGGUUGAGAGUCCCGACCUUGGGGCAUCUUUGCUAUUUGGGCAGGGUUUGGGUGGUCUUGGUACUGGUGGAGCACCUGGUGGUUUAUUUGGGAGUGGGCUUCCGGAAUUUGAACAAGUGCAGCAGCAACUAACUCAGAACCCGAACAUGAUGAGGGAUAUAAUGAAUACGCCUGCCAUUCAGAGUCUUAUGAAUAACCCUGAGUUGAUGCGAGGCUUGAUCAUGAACAAUCCACAAAUGCGUGACAUCAUUGACCGGAACCCAGAGCUUGCACAUAUACUUAAUGAUCCUGGUAUUCUUAGACAGACACUAGAAGCUGCAAGGAACCCUGAACUCAUGCGUGAGAUGAUGCGAAACACUGACAGGGCAAUGAGUAAUAUUGAAUCUUCGCCUGAGGGGUUCAACAUGCUGCGACGAAUGUAUGAAAAUGUUCAGGAGCCAUUUUUGAACGCUACCACAAUGACUGGGAAUGCUGGGAAUGAUGCGGCUGCAAACCCCUUUGCUGCUCUUUUAGGGAAUCAGGGUGGGGCACAGGCCAGGGAUGGGACUAACAACCCUUCAACCACCGGUUCAGAAACUACUGCAGGUUCUGCUAUUCCUAAUGCAAACCCUCUUCCCAACCCUUGGAGCAAUACUACUGGAGGAAAUCAAACAAACGCACCCAGGUCAACUCCUGCUGGGGAUGGGAGGGCACCAAGUAUUGGCGGUCUUGGAGGUCUGGGAGGUCUAGGAGGUCUGGGAGGUCUUGGUGGUCUUCCAGGAAUGGAACAAAUGAUGGGUGGCAUGCCAGAUGCUAAUGCAAUGAAUCAGCUCAUGCAGAGUCCAGCAAUAUCACAGAUGAUGCAAAGCAUACUCUCUAAUCCCCAAUAUAUGAAUCAGAUCCUGAACCUCAAUCCACAACUACGCGCCAUGGUUGAUUUAAACCCUCAACUUAGAGAAAUGAUGCAAAAUCCAGAGCUUCUACGUCAGUUGACAAACCCUGAGCUUCUACGUCAGUUAACAAACCCUGAGACAAUGCAGCAAAUGCUUGCAUUGCAGCAAUCACUAGUUUCUCAGACCAAUCGACAGCAAUCAACUCAGGAUCCAACUCAGACUGGUGGUGCUACAGGAACCCCCAAUAAUGGUGCUGGACUGGAGAUGCUGAUGAACAUGUUUGGUGGUCUUGGAGCUGGUAGCUUGGCUGCACCAGUCAGCAAUGUACCACCGGAGGAACGUUUUGCAACUCAGCUGUCACAACUUCAAGAAAUGGGUUUCUUCGAUACUCAAGAGAAUAUCAGGGCAUUGCAAGCCACUUCCGGGAAUGUCCAUGCUGCAGUAGAGCGACUUUUAGGGAACCCACCAGGAGCAUAACAUGUUACUUGAUUUCGUGUUUUUAUAUUUAUUGAAUUGGGAUUCUUUUUCUUUUUUAAUGUGGACAUGUAACAUUAGUAAUGCGGAGUAAAAAGUCUUCUUAAGACACAGAGACAUACGGGCAGUUGUAGAUUCCAUUUUGGGAGUGUGAAUAAGCAAGAACACACUAUCAUAGAGCUGUGAACUUGUGGACAAGCUUAUGCAUACCCAACUAUUUACCUGCUUCCCUCUUCCUUCCUCUCUUUCUCGGAUAUGCUUGAACUUUCUUCUUUCCUUGUAUACGGUGCACAUUUGAAAUAAAUUGUUUCAAUGUAAGUAUAUUUCUGACGUUUCAGAUC